GCUGAAAUAUUUCUUUCCACUCUUCUCCAGUCCCGUGAUUGCACCGGAGGUCUCGCGCAGUUGUGCAGAGAUGGAUACAAGUCGCGCGGACGCUUCACAGCGAUUCUCCGAAAUUAUUGAGCUCAAUGUCGGAGGGCAAGUUUACGUUACGCGCCACUCAACUUUACUCUCCGUGCCCAAUUCUUUGCUCUGGACCAUGUUCAGUCAGAAAAAACCCACGGAACUUACCACCGACAGCAAAGGACGCUACUUUUUGGACAGGGACGGCUUUUUGUUCAGAUAUAUUUUGGAUUACUUGCGAGACCAGACUCUGGUUUUGCCCGAUUACUUCAAAGAGAAGGCGAGCCUUCUUAAAGAGGCGGAAUAUUUUCAACUUCAAGAGCUGGCGAGACGCCUGAGACCGGCGGUCAGUAAGGAUAACUCUAUCAGCGAGGAGGUGUGCCAAAGCGACCCGGAGGAGGCUGCGCACGCCGGCACCAGUAUCUCCAGCACCGGACCUCGAUCCCCGUCUCUGGACGUGAAGAAAACCGGCUACAUAACCAUCGGGUACAGGGGCUCCUACACCAUAGGACGAGACAUCCAACAGGACGCCAAAUUUCGAAGGGUCGCGAGAAUCACCGUGUGCGGCAAAACGUCUCUCGCCAAAGAAGUUUUUGGGGAGACUCUGAACGAGAGCAGAGACCCCGACAGACUCCCAGAGAGAUACACGUCUCGGUAUUACCUGAAGUAUAAUUUCCUGGAGCAAGCCUUUGACAGGCUGGCGGAGAUGGGCUUCCACAUGGUUGCUUGUAGCUCCACGGGCACCUGCGCGUACGCGAGUAACGACCCCAACGAGGACAAAAUCUGGACGAGUUACACCGAGUACGUUUUUAGCAGGGAUUGAAGUGGACUCACCUUUUGCAACUGUUAUUCAAACACGUUUCUCGGACACUCACCUUUCCAGUCGUUACGCACCACGAAUGUGUUUUGUGCACAAUGUUUUAUGUAAAGAAAAAAAUUAGGGACCGUCAAUCGCUGAGCAGACGUUUUGUGCAUAUUUGCGUGUAAGUAAUAAUUUAACAACAACGUCUGUUCCCAUAAUACAAAACAGCCACUGAUGGCAAUUCCCAGUAUUUAACUACAAAACGUUUGGGAGGAAGCACAAAAUCAACCUUUAUACUCAAGUUCUUGAUAAUUUGUGAUAUUAAAAAAUGU